AUGUCGUAUGAUGCCGUAAUUCGUAGCUCUUUUAGAACAUUCUACGAAAAGACAAACGUCUUGAGUGCUGACUCUUUGUAAGAUUUACGACUUAAUUCCAAAUUGAAAAAGUAUUUGCAGAUGUUCAGUCAUCCGUGCAUUUUGCAUUGAAACGCCCAUGUGUAUGUUUUCUACCUCAUUUUGAGAUUAAGGCUUCAAAAUUCCAGUUACCGUUUCGGAUGUCCUCAGGAAUUUCAUGUACAUUUGUGAGAAAGAGCUAUCAAAGGAUAAAAGUAAGGGUUUAUUUUUAAAAUAUCUGCUGAUCAACCCGAAUCGCAGAGCAUUGUCUUCAAACUCGACGCGAAGCGAUUGAAACCAUUUGCAAUGAAGACCACACAUGUGGGUUCACUCUACAUACGCAUUCUAAUCCAUUGUUACAGUAAGCAUUUGCGAUGAAAUCACCACUACAACGACUACAGCGAAUAAUACCACGCUUUACGUGCUCGGAGCUGUUGCCGGAUUCAUUAUUCUGCUCUUUCUCAUUGCGCUUCUUCUCAUGAAAUUGAGGAGAAACCGAAAAGGCAAAAAUGAUCAGCAAAUUGAAAGCACAAGUACUAAAUUCGAAACUGGAAAUACCACAACAGUUGCCCGCUUAUAA